AUGUCUAAAUAUCGACGUGAAACAAGUCAUAUGGAAAUCGAGCAAAAGUUCGAUUUUGAAUUCGAAUGUAAUGAGCACGAACGUAUUGAACUAGGUCGUGGAGCUUACGGCAUAGUCUAUCUAGCAAAAGAUUUAUAUACGAUGAAGAAAUUUGCUAUUAAAGAAGUACGAAUAGGUAAAGCAGACGAUAUCAAUGCAAUACAGACUGAAAUCAAGAAUAUAUCGACACUCAAUCAUAAGAAUAUUGUGAAAUAUGAAGGAACCGCUUAUAUUCGUGAUAGAAAACCGGCGGUAUUUCAGAUCAUCAUGGAAUAUGUUGAAGGCGGAAGUCUUUCACAAUUAAUUCGCAAGAAAUUUGUUCAAUUCAAUGAGUUAUGGAUCAAAAACUAUACGAAACAAAUUCUUGAAGGAAUACAAUAUUUACAUGAAAAUCAUAUUAUCCAUCGAGAUAUCAAACCGGAUAAUAUUCUUGUUAAUUCAAAUGGAGAGGUUAAAAUUACUGAUUUUGGUACAUCGAUACAUCUUGUUGGUUUACGUCGUGGUUCAAAUACCAUCGGUACACCUCAAUAUAUAAGUCCUGAUAUGGUGAAUAUUUCUCCUACGGGUUACGGACCAGAAGUAGAUAUUUGGAGCAUUGGAUGUACAGUACUUGAGAUGGUUACUGGAGAGAAACCAUAUCAUGAGAUUACUAAUCCAUUUGCCAUAUUGUACAAAAUUGGUAUCGAAAAACAACCACCUCAUAUUCCUGAAACAUUGUCUGAAAAUAUCAAAAGCUUUUUGAACAAGUAA